AUGCCUCUAGGGAUCCUCGAGCCCAGAGCAAAGAAAGUACCAGGAACGGCGAAUGUAUUGGACCAAGACUGGAAACGAGACCCGACGUUGAAACGAGACAAGACGGGAAACAUCAUCCUUGUACCUCAGCCAAGCGAAGAUCCGAAUGAUCCUCUAAGGGACCUGAUGCUCCUGCUUCUUUGUGUCGUCGCCGCCAUCGCAACAACAGCAUCUCCGUUAGUCGCUGCCAAUUCGGUCGUCCUGGCUGUUGUCUUCAAAGUCAAGUUUCAAGACGCUGCACUGCUGACCGCAUAUCACCUGUGUGGUGUCGGUGUCGCCAGUUGGCUAUUCGUCCCGUUAGCUAGAGUAUGGGGUAAACGACAUGUCUUCCUUUUCGGUGCUCUACUCAUGGUCGCGUCGUCAGCCUGGGGUGGCUCAACGCAAAAGAACUUGAACUAUAAGAGUCUCAUCUGGGCGAGAAUCUUCCAAGGUAUCGCACUUGCGCCUUUCGAAUCGCUGGUCAAUGAUGUGGUUGGCGACUUGUAUUUCGUACACGAACGAGGUUUCCGUAUGGCGUUCACCAAUGUCUGUUUAUUUGGAGCUGCUUUCCUGACACCUGUCUGUGUCGGCUUCAUAACAACCGACAACUCUCUCGGCUGGCAAUGGUCCUUCUACUUCGUCUCCAUCUUCAUGGGCGCAGGUUUCAUCCUCCUCUUCCUCUUUCUUCCAGAAACGGCUUAUCAGCGCCCUCGCUACCUUCAACUCGACAUCAACGUCGGUCCGCCCACAUUCCACGAUCCCAUCCCACCACCGCCAAAACGUUCUUGGUCACAUGGUCUUUCCCCCUUCAGCGGCCGCAAAACAGACGAAAGCUUUCUGAAACUCUUGUUUCGCCCAUUUCCGCUGUUUCUGCAACCAGCAGUGGCUUGGGGUUGUCUGAUGCAAGGCGUUAUCAUCGGAUGGACAGUCAUCGUCGGCGUGAUUCUCGCACUGAUCUUCCUAGGUCCACCUCUCUUCUUCACAGAAGAGCAAGCAGGAAAAAUGUACACUGCAGCCUUCAUCGGCUCGGUGAUCGGCCUCGUCCUCGCAGGAAUAUACACCGAAUACGUGACUCGCUUCCUCAUCCUCCGCAACAACGGCCGAUACGAGCCAGAAUUCCGUAUCGCGCUGGUACUCCCCACCUUCUUGUUUUCUGGCAUCGGACUCUACGGUUUCGGCAUCGCAGCCUCGGAUAUCGAAAAAUUUGGCUGGAUAGUGGUCGAAGUGUUUUUGGCAUGCAUCACCAUAUCGAUGGUCAUGGGUGCCACGGCAUCUGCGCAAUAUUUGCUGGACGCCCAUCGUGAUAUUGCUAUCGAAACGUUUACUUGCUUGAUCAUAUUCAAGAAUUUGUUUUCGUUCGUGUUGGCUUAUUACGCUUAUGAGUGGGUAUUGGAAAAGGGGUUUCGGCGCAUGUUUGUCGUGUUUGGGAGUAUCGAGGUGGGCAUCUGUUUGCUUGGGGUGCCAAUGUAUGUGUUGGGGAAGAGGAAUAGGGAGUUCUUUUACCGGUAUGAUAUUCUCAAGUUGGCGAGGUUGAGGUAG